AUGACUUCCUGGCUACAUAAAUACGGCUACCCGACUCUGCAUUGCGUGCUGUUCUGCGUGGUAUUGGCCGCUAACAUCAUCGGCGGGAGCUCUCAUUCCGGUGAGAGUAUAUGUUCGUCUCCUCCUGUCUCGUCGUGUUCAGAGUGCCUCCGACGCGGACCACAGUGUGCCUGGUGCUUUGAGGCGGGUUUCCUGGAUGGAGCGGAGGUGGGAGAGCGCUGCGACCUGGUGGGGAACCUGGCAAGGAGGGGGUGUGGUCUAGAGUUCAUAGAGCAUCCAGAGGUCAUGGUGGAGGUCAAUGCUACGACCAGCAGUACUCAGGUGUCACCGGGAGAGAUCACCCUCACACUCAGACCAGGUGCUGAGGCCAGUGUGAUAGUAGCAGUACAACAGUUAGAGAGGUAUCCUGUUGAUCUGUACUACCUGGUGGACGUAUCAGCAUCCAUGCAGGAAAACCUGGACCAGCUGAAGACGGUGGGCGUAGCCUUGUCCCACCGUAUGAGAGAACAUUCCAGUGAUUUGCGUCUGGGGUUCGGCUCCUUCGUUGACAAACCUGUCUCCCCCUACAUCAAUGUACACCCCUCUAAGAUAAAUAACCCCUGCAGUGACUAUGAGGUGAAGUGUCGCCCAGCCCAUGGCUUCCACCAUGUUCUUAGUAUGACGGCAAACAUGUCCGAGUUUACACGCAUCAUCAAGAGACAGAGGAUAUCAGGCAACAUGGACACACCAGAGGGAGGGUUAGACGCUAUGCUCCAAGCUACUGUAUGUCAGGGUGAGGUGGGUUGGCGUGGGGAGGCCAAGCGUCUGUUGUUGCUGAUGACAGACCAGCCUUCUCACCUGGCGUUGGACAGCAGACUGGCUGGUAUAGUCACACCUCACGAUGGCCUCUGCCAUCUGGAGAACAACGUCUAUAUGGAGAGCACUACCAUGGACCAUCCCAGUUUAGGCCUGCUGGCUGAGAAGCUUCUAGAGAACCACAUCUACUCUCUCUUUGCUGUGGAACAACUACAAUAUCAGUGGUAUGAGGAGUUGGUCAGGUUGCUACCAGGCUCCAAUCUUCUGUUCCAGGCUCCCAAACUUAUAGACGUGGUGGUGGAUGCAUACAAGAGGUUGUUGUCAGUUGUCCAGGUGUCUGUGUCAGUGGAGGACAGAGCGUUCAGCCGUUUCCUGGUCAGCGUCUCUCCUCUCUGUCCGGAAGGAUCUGUAUCCCACGACAACCGCAGCUGCUCCAACGUCCAGCCCAACCAGACGGUCUACUUCAACAUCACCAUCGGCCUGCACUCCUGUCCUGACGAUGAUGAUGAUGUAGAUGACGUGGUCCAGGUCUUCGUCAGGCCCGUGGGUUACAAUGAGUCAACCAUCAUCAAGAUACAGACCGUAAUAAUCAAGACUUGA